AUCGAUGAGUCGAAUGCGUUUGGGAACACGGCGCUGCACGUGGCGUGUUUUAACGGACAGGAUGCUGUUGUCAGUGAGCUCAUCGAUUACGGAGCUAACGUGAGUCAGGCCAACAACAAGGGCUUCACGCCGCUGCACUUCGCUGCUGCGUCCACUCACGGAGCGCUGUGUCUGGAGUUCCUGGUCAACAACGGGGCCGACGUCAACGUGCAGAGUCGUGACGGGAAGAGUCCUCUUCACAUGACGGCGGUUCACGGACGCUUCACUCGCUCACAGACCCUCAUCCAGAACGGUGGGGAGAUCGACUGUGUGGACAAAGAUGGAAACACUCCUCUGCACAUCGCCGCCCGAUACGGUCAUGAACUCCUCAUCAACACGCUCAUCACCAGCGGAGCAGACUGCACCAGGCGAGGAGUCCACGACAUGUUCCCUCUGCACCUGGCGGCUCUGAACGCUCACUCUGACUGCUGCAGGAAGCUGCUCUCCUCAG